GUUUGUCCUCGAGAGACGAAAGACGCGAAGAGCUGCAGAAGACACCUGUCUCUAACUAGCCACCGGUACCUACACUUGACCAAUAAGCGCCGGCGCCGCACGUGGUUAUCGCUGACUCAGCUAGCGCAAUUAGGACGAGGCAUUGUUCCUUGCUCUCACCCCUCACGGUCCCUCGCAACGAGCGACAUACUGGACGCGUGAAACAUCCUCAAGACGCGCGAGAGACGCGUCUUGGAUAUGUCUUCGACGAUGGACGUUACGGAGCAGGCAGCGAACAUCACUUCCGAGUUCAUCAAUAGCCUCGACAACCUACCCAAAGAGGUCCAGCAUCUGUGCGCAGAGAUCAGGGAACGAGACGCUCGAGUACAGGCUCUCAACGCCGAAAUUGCCAAGAUGCAACUCCUCUUCUUCCGCCGUGGCCAGCCAGAGGUCAGGCUCAAGAUCGACGCCGCCUACGCCGACGUCUUCCGCCUCAGCGACGAGAAGGUCGCGCUCGCGCUUCGCCUCCAGGACCGCCUCUUUCGAACGACCGCCCGCGCGGACGGCGAGCUGCUUCGCGUGCGCAAGCUGACGGGCGAGGUCGUCGACCCGCCACCGGUGGUGACGCGCGCGGCGACGAGGGGCGCAACAAGCUUGGGUGGCAGUAUCAAUGUCGGUGGGGUAGGAGGAGGAGCGGGUGGCGCGAUCGGAGGCUGGGGGAGCCCCUCGCCGUCGGUGGGCGCGAUCGAGGGGAUGCUGCAGGCGGCGGUGGAUGAUGCGACUCCGGCGACGACAUCGAGACGCGGCGCCCCGCGGAAGCGCACUGAGUCGCGGGACGGGACGCCGGACGCGGGGCAGCCACAGACGAAGCGCCGCCGACACACCAGCCUUGCCGGCACCCCUACGCAGAUCCGACUUGAUUCCCCUAUGCCUGCGCCAAACUCAUCCGCGAGCGCCGGGCCUGGUCAUCAGCGCUCACGGCUGUCGCGCCAAGUCGCGCAAGAACCCGACGAGGACGAGGACGCGGAGGGAGAGGAGGACGAAGAGGAAGACCAGACGCUGUACUGCCUCUGUCGGAUGAAGAGUCAUGGGGAUAUGAUUGGCUGCGACAACGACGAAUGCCCAUACCAGUGGUUCCACCUGUCGUGCGUGAAUCUCAAGCCGCCGCUGCCCGACCAGUGGUUCUGCCCCGACUGCUUGCCGAAGAUGAAGAAGCGGAAGAGGUAGACGUCUGCUUCGCGUACGCCUCCAUCCCCUCUCUCCUCCUUGCAUGGACCUUAUUUCUUGGCAUAUCGUGCUCCGUCACCGCUCCGCUGCGCGAGCUAUCGCUCUACUGUGUACCAGUAUUCUUGUAUCUCUAGAUCCAUGCAGCCUACCUGUGUACUUACCGUUGUUCCCUGUUCUGUAUACUCGCUGUGCUGUAUAUACCUUUCUUGUUGUGUUCUUGACUGCAUCACUAUCCUAAGUGCUCUGCUGUACCAAUCUCAUCUUCGUCUAUCUCGACGGUAUCCCUCAUGUUAUCCAUUCUUGUGAUGUCCUGAGUGCCAAGUGACUCCCCG